AUGACGACGUCUGGUCAAAGUCAAAAAAACGUCGAAGCAGCGACUGCACCUCUGCGUCCAACGCCAGCAGCGACUCCAUCGCCACAUCGCCCAACGAGCCUACAUAGCGGCCUCCAGGCGUGGCUACAGGUCGUCUCGGGGUUCAUGCUAUAUUUCAACUCCUGGGGCAUAGUAACAGCCUUCGGCGUCUUCCAACUCUACUACCCAUCCACCCUCCUCCCCACAACCUCCCCAUCCACAAUCUCCUGGAUCGGCACCAUGCAAGGCUUCCUCCUCGCCGUGACGUCCAUCUUCGCAGGCUGCGUCCUCGACCGUGGACACCCCAAGAUCCUCGUGCUCCUCGGGACGGUCUUCGUCGUGCUGGGACUUAUGACGACGUCGGCUUGUAGGAUUUAUUGGGAGUUUAUGCUCGCGCAGGGUGUUUGUGUGGGUAUCGGUGCCGGGAUGCUGUUCAUUACGGCGGUGGGGGUGAUACCGGGGUGGUUUGCUAGGCGGAUGGCGCUUGCGACGGGGCUGGCGGCGACGGGGAGUAGUCUAGGAGGAGUGAUCUACCCUAUCGUCUUCCACAAACUAGAGCCCAGGGUCGGAUUCGGAUGGACGUUGCGCGUAAUAGGCUUCAUCGCCCUCGCAACCUGCCUCGCGGCAUUCUCCCUCUCAACCCAACGCACCCUCCCCCCACCCCGGCCCAAACUAAUCGACAUCUCCGGCUUCCGCGAACCCCUCUUCACGCUCUUCGCCCUCGUCUCCUUCACCGGCGCAAUGGGCCUCUACAUCCCCUUCUUCUACAUCACCGACUACACGACCUCCACCCUCCCCUCGACAACCCCUUCCUUGUCCUGGUACAUGCUGCCGAUCCUCUCCGCGGGUUCGGUGGUCGGUCGUACGAUCCCCGCGCUGAUGGCGGAUCGUUGGGGCAGUCUACCGGUCCUGGCUGUUACGACUGCUAUUUCGGCGGUUUUGGCGUUUGUGUGGAUUGUGGUGAAGGGGAGUGUGGCCGGGUUGAUUGUGUGGAGUUUGUUGUAUGGGGCGUUUUCGGGGGCUUUUGUCAGUUUGCAGACGCCGACUGUGGCGAGUAUCACGCCGGAUAUGAGGUUCGUUGGAGGCAGGAUGGGGAUGAAUAAUUUUUGUCUUGCGCUGGGGGUUUUGUUGGGGAAUCCUGUGGCGGGUGCUAUUGGAGGAAAUCGGCAGUGGUGGUUGGGAGUGCAGGUUUUCUGUGGUGCGAGUCUUGCUGCGGCAGCCGUUUUGAGCAGCAUCACCUGGGCUGUGAAGGAGGGCAGGAAUCCUCUGAGCAGAAAACGACAGAUCAAUACUAGUGACGAUUAA